CGGCGGUGGUGGUAGUGUGCAGUACACGGUGCAGUAACAGCCACAGCAGGUCCAGUGGUGGCUGAGCGAGCGCAGCCUCUCACUACAGCCCACUCGGGAUAUUUUUAGCGGCUGCUUCGUGUUGCAGUGUUCAGAUCUUGUCCAUCGUUCGGAGCGGGGCUGGGGACGCACGGGCUCGUCGGUAAACGCUGCACGCGGACUUGUUUGAGUGAACGGCCAAAAGGAUAACGGGACUGACAGCGCGGGGAGGGGAGCGUUACCUCGCUUCAUCACGUAUCGCAUAUCCUGCUCCACCAGUGUCCAGCACUUUCGCGGGCUGAUAGCUGUCUGGAGGGGCCUGUCCGGACAUGGCUACCCAAGAAAACGGCACCCCCCAGGAAGAGCAGGGGCCAUCGGAGCACAGCCACCCCGAGCCAGCGUGCCUAGAGGCUCAGAAAUGGAUAGAGGCCGUCACAGGCAAAAGCUUCGGCGACAAGGACUUCCGCAGUGCGCUGGAGAACGGCAUCCUGUUAUGCGAGCUUCUCAGUGCAAUCAAGCCAGGGCUGGUCAAGAAGAUCAACAGACUGCCCACCCCUAUCGCAGGCCUGGACAACUUGUCAGUCUUCCUGCGCGGCUGUGAGGAGCUGGGAUUGAAGGGAGCGCAACUGUUUGACCCGGGGGACCUCCAGGACACUUCCAUAAGAGCCAACCUCAAGGAUUCAGACUGCAACCGCAAACUGAAAAACGUGCUGAACACAGUCUUCUGGCUCGGGAAGGCUGCCAGCGGCUGUGCUUCCUACAGUGGGCCCACACUAAACCUCAAAGAGUUUGAAGGACUGCUGGCUCAGAUGAAGCUGGAGAGUGAAGAAUCGGGGGAGAGUUCACAGAAGCGCAGCGUCAGGGACAGUGGUUAUGACUGCUGGGACUCAGAGAGGAGCGAGUCCCUGUCUCCUCCACGGCACACACGAGACAACUCCCUGGACAGCCUGGACUCAUUUGGCUCGCGCUCACAGCACAGCCCUUCUCCUGAUGUGGUGAACCGUGGCAACAGCGAUGGCGACUCUGAGGCGGACGCUGCAGGCAAGAGACCUGACGUGCGGAAAGACGACAUGCUAGCUCGCCGCACCGCCAGCAGUGAGGCCCGGAGCUCCGUCCCAUUCAACCAAUUCCUCCCAAACCGCGCUAACGCCACCACCUAUGUCCCAGGACCCAGGAGAAAGCAUCACACAGAGGAGGGCGAGCAACGCAGUCAAACUAAUCUAGAGCAAGAGAAAAAACCCGGAGGUCACUUCAGAAACCCCAAGUGUGUCACGUGGGCGCCAGAUAACAGUUUUAACCAAAGAGAGAAGCCCAUUUUGGAGGAUGAUGAAGCAGAGACGCAGGAGGCGAUGGAGCAGAAGAAGAUACAGAAAUUGCAAAAAGCAGGCAUUAAAGUGUUACCCGCUGCUGUACGAUAUAACAGCCCAGCUGCGAAAGAGGAACCGGAAGUGAGGUCUCCAUCCCCUAACAUCAUCCUGCGCAGGGACAAUGAGUUCUUGAGGACCCAGAAGGCAGCCUGGGACUCCUCUUCGGACAAUGAGGAGGUGGAGACGCAGAAGAUGCCCGAUGUGCGUAAGGACGAUUUGGCUUCGAGGAGGGCUGCACGUGGCCCUGCCCCUAAAGUCCAGCAGUUUGUCCCUCCUCCUGUCUGUAGUAACAAGGACCUGGAGCGCUGGGAGGGCAUCCGGCGUGCAUCACAGCAGACUCUGCAAGAGAGGGAGAACAGUGACAAGGAAAUGAUCCCUGACAUCAUUACCCGCAGAGAAAACCCUUUUCUAAAGCCAGCCCCUCGCACUGAUCAAGAGGAGAGUGAGGAAGAUGAAGAGGAGGAAGCAGUGAAGACUGUGCCAAAUAAACAGAAGGACGACCUGGCAUUAAGGCGGUCUCAGAGUAGGCCUCUCCCACACAGGGACGGACCAAUGAGCUUUGCCUCUGCGCCCAUGAGUCAAGCCGAUAUGCAGAAGUGGGAGAGGCUCAAGAUGUCCGACCCCAGGAGUGCGAGUAUGGGUGACAUCCUAAAUGAGGACGAGGUGGGACACUUGCCUCACAUCAGCCCAUCCCGAUACGAGCGCAUGCAGGAGCAGUACAGCAGCUUCAAAGAGGACGAGAACCAGUGGCAAGAUGACCUGGCUCGGUGGAAGAACCGCAGACGAAGUGCGUCUCAGGAUCUGAUCAAGAAGGAGGAGGAAAGGAAGAUGAUUGAGAAGAAGAUGAAGGAGGAGAGCGACAGAAGGAAAAGCAUCAAAACUUACAAAGAGAUCAUUGAGGAGAAGGAACGCAGAGAGGCGGAGCUAUGUGAAGCCUACAGGAACGCUGCAACCCCAGAAGAAGCCGCCAUGGUUCUACAGAGAUAUGCUCUUCGUUUUACUAUCAGCGAUGCCACUCUGGACAGUCUGAAAGUGCCCAGACCUGUCGUCGCAGCUACCGAUCCAGACCACGAGCAAACGGACAAGGACCUCAAGCCUUCGACACCUGUAAAAGACGAAGACUUAAAAGUUUCAGAACAGCACAAAAUGGUCAUCAAAACAGACAACAAGCACAAUACGGAACAUGUGGAAUUAACUAAAAAACAGGAAGAUAUAGUCUGUCUCUCCUCCAUCCCUACUCCACCUACCAGCCCCGUAAAGUCUCCAGAACGCGCGUUACCGUUGUUACCAGAAAAACCUGUGAGUAAACCAGCAGAGAGUCAAAGCACCGUACAGCCACAGCGGGCACCGGUGGUACAGUCUCAGGCCAAAAUCCCUUCAGCCCCUUCACCUCUACAGCGGACCCAAACGCUCCCAACCACCCCCGUGCCUCCUCCCCCCUCCAGACCUGUGCCCCUGCUGGCAGCCAAACCAUGGAGCUCACAGGCCGGAAACAAGUCAUUCAAGAUGGAUGGGCUGGUGAGAGUGAACGGAGAAGCUGCUGAAACUUCUUCCAUUCGCACUCCGCCGCUCUCCCCCAUGCGGUCACCAGAGGGAGCCAAACCUGCCACGCCCGCCUCACCUCCCACCCCUGUCUCACCCAUGAAGCCUGACAAAGAGGCCCCAUGUGAACAGACAGUGAGCGUAGAGAGGACAGUGCAGCCCCCGUCCCAUUCUCCUCCUCAGACCGAGAGGCCCCAGUCUGCCACCAGCUCUGCCAUCAGCUCUCUGAUCGGGGGCAGGAACUGUAUCAUCACCACCACCAUCGUCACAGAGCUCACACACGUGGAGCCAGUCACACCAGAGAGGCACACCAAUGGACAGGUAAAUGGCACAUCCACCUUCACUCAGGAGCCAGUGGAGGAACAGAGGAGUCCAUUAUCUCCAUUAACUAACAGCAUGCAGGACUUCUCCCCAACUACGACAGAGGCUGUAGAGGACGGCAACUUAACCACUGAGACCCCCAUGUUGAACUUGGCUAAACGUGUAAAUCACUGGGUAUGGGACCCCAAUGAGGAGCGCAAACGGCUGGAGAGGUGGCAGCAGGAGCAAGAGCGCCUCCUACAGGAGCAGUAUGAGAAGGAGCAGGAGAAGCUGAAGAAGGAGUGGGAGAGAGCGCAGUUAGAAGUGGAGGAGGAAGAAAGGAAACACAAUGAAGAGGAGAGACGCAUUCUAGAAGAAACUGUUGCUCCGCUCAACCCCACAGGCAUUCUGAGCCAGCCUGAUACACAAACUAAUAUAACCUCACCAACUGAAGUAACCAAGGCACCUAGCAGCAUUAUCCCUCUACAACACAAUGGCCAUAAGGUGCCAUUAGGAAACGAGGGGCAGCAUGCUUCUAAACUGCACUUUUUCCAAGACUCCACAUGUGAAGUAGAAGCCUCCAGAAAACAGGAGCUACUGAAGACUGAGUCUCUUGACCACAGCCCUCAGCCCAAACAGCCACAGAAUGUUAAGAGGUCUGGAUCACAUGACACAGCAGUGGGACGUCAGCAGUCUCAUCCAUCACCCCAUCCCCCAUCUCCAAGCAGAUGUGUGAGUGGGAAAAGACUAUGUUCUGGUUGUUCUCAGCCUCUGGGAAAGGGAGCGGCCAUGAUCAUUGAUACUCUGGGACUCUUUUUCCAUAUGCAGUGCUUCAAGUGUGGGGUUUGUGAUGGCCAGCUGGGUGACGCCACUGCAGGCACUGAUGUUAGGAUCCGUAAUGGACAGCUCAGUUGUCAUGAGUGCUACAUUGCGUCUCGAGGGAGAGGUCAGCCCACAACUCUAUGAUGAUGUCCUGAAAAUGCCCACCAGCUUUUCAACAUAAACAACUUACUGGAUUCCUAAAUCACAUUCUGAAUAUUUUAAACAUUUCUGGAAUCUUAUGGAAUCACUUUUCCCAAACAAACAGCACAACCAGCUUUACUGGAAUCUACAAAUGGACAAAAACACUAUUCCAAAAUUCCAGCUAUUUAUAAAUAUUUGUAGCAUGGAUUUAAUGGCUCUCUUUAACCCUUUGCACAACUAUAAUAAUGAAAAUAACUAAAUUGGAGUAGCUUGUCCAUUUGAAUGCCUUAGCCCUUCUCAUUUUCUGUUUAUGGAUUUGCAUGAACCUAAAGCUAUAUUUAAGUUAUUUUAUUCACAGAUGGAACAUUGAGAGUGUUGUAUGUGUCUUAACAAAAUAUCUUUUAUCAAUAUUUUCUAAUAUAAAUACACACUGUUGUUUUCCAAUCCAUUAUGACACUGGUUCUUGGACAUUGCUUUGACUGGAAUGCAUGUAAUUAAUAAUUUGUGUUUUUAGGGUUAUUUUCUUUCUUUUUAAGAUGUUUUAAACAUAUUGUGAAUUCUUGUUCGAAUCAGUGCCUUAUGUAAAGAAUUAGAGGGCUACUCACACAGACCUCUGGGUCAUGGCACAUUGUGAGAGACCGAAGUGCAUGUGUGUUGGAGUCAUGCAUGUAGAAAGUAUGUAUGCAGUGACUUGAAGCUCCAUACCAGCAUUUCUCCGUCUACACUCACCUUGUUCAUCAGAAGGCUUAAACCAAUGACAGUACUUGCUGCUCUUUUGUCAAUGCUCACCAUAACUGGACACACAAUAUCAAAUCAUGACUGGAAGAGGUGCAGAAUUGUCUUUUAUAGCAAG